AAAGGCAAGUCCAAAAUCGUUUUGCAAACUCAGGUGUGGUUGAAGGCGAUAAAGCCCAGAAGGGAGGAGCUUCAUCACUGAGCGUCCUUCCUCCUUCAACAAUGGCUACCCUCACUUCCUCUUCGUAUUGCUCUUCCUCCACUUCCCAAUUGCUUCACCGCCCCAAUUCUCUAUUUUCUAAAUUUCCUUCUUCUACUUUCUCUCCAUUCACCCUCUCGAACCGCUCAACGCUUCUCUUAGCAGCCGCGAAGAAGAAGGACUCCGAUUCAGUUCCUGCAGUCGCAAAGGAAUCUAAAACUUCCAAGAGCAAUACAGUUGGAGACGAGGAAGAAUUCGUGGAAGUGGAAGAGGAGUUGCCUUGGUAUCAGGAGAAGGCCUUGGACCUUGUGGAGUUCUCUGGCUCCGUUACUCAAGCAAUUCCUGGCCCUAGGGUUGGCCAGAGCUCCUUGCCUUGGAUUCUUGCUGUUCCUCUUGCUUAUUUAGGAGUUACUUUUGUUAUCGCCUUCGUUAAGACUGUUCGGAAAUUCAAUUCUCCUAAAGAAAAACGCCGGAGACAGGUCACAAAAAAUGCAUUUCUCUGCAUAUCAGUAGAUGAGUUACUUGAGAAAGGAAGGGAUGAAGUAAAACCUGAGGCUCUUGCUGAAAUCGUGCAGAAGACAGGUUUCAGUGUGGAUCAAAUUCUGCGGAAGUACAUCCGUUAUGCACUGAAUGAAAAACCAUUCAACCCUGAAUUGGUUGCCAACCUGAUUCAGCUAAGAAAAGCUUCUGCAUUGGAGGAUACUCAGGUUGCUCAAAUUCUGAACGAGGUAUCAAGGAGGAUUGAGAGAGAUAAAGGUCCAGUUGUUAUGAAUAUGUCAGGUUAUACCGAGAAGGGUUUCAAGAGAAAACUAGCUGUACAGGCCCUUUUUGGCAAAAUCUUCUAUCUGUCUGAGCUGCCGGAAUUCUGUUCGAAAGAUAGCUCUUUGAGUGUGAAAGAAAUAUUUGGUGUUACAGAUGAAGAUGCUGAAAAACUAAGAUUACACACACUCUCUGAAGUUGGGGACAUGGAUUCUCUUCAAAAGAUGGCUGACAUUUCAGAUUCAGAAGCUUUAAAAGAUGACCCAUCUGAUGAAAGAAAUGAUUAAAGAUUAUUAUUGUAGUUUCUUUUCUGGGAGGUGAGAUCGUAACUUUCUCUUUUUGUCAACUUUAUGGAAGCUUUGGGAUAUGAAAUUUUUGUAGGAUAAAUCCCCGAUGUUCUUAUUUUAUGAGAUUGGAUUCUGUAGCUAAAAUGAGAUUUAACUUUGUAGAUUAUUUGAUGAAAUUGUUCAUUCUUGGUUUUAGCUUCUGAAUGAAUCCCUGUUAAGUAAGGUCGAGGUUUAUUGUUGAGGCUAAUUUGUAUUAUUGUUAUCA